ACAGCGUGUGCUGACGACGGGGAGGGAAAGACUGUCUUUGGAUCCAACUCCGUCCCGAACAUCCUGAGACUGAGGAUGUUGGAGCCAGAGAGGGUGUGGUUCUCGCGAAUGGACAAGUCUCGCUCAGCCUCUGGAAGCGAGAGGAGACAGACCACACUUUGAGUGGUUUCCUCCAGUUCUCACAGCUGUUUUUUUUUUGUUGUUGAUGGGAGACAUUUCACAGCAAAGAGAUUCGUAGAUGUGAUAUUAUAAAUAGGCGAGAGAACAAAAAUCCAGGACGUGAGAGCGGUGUCAUUCUUCCUGAGGGGGGUCUUUGACCAGGUUGGAGAGGACGCAGGAGAGUUUCAGGACCCUGGACAGCAGAGUGGCGGGGAGCUAGCGGGAGUUUCAGCACCUUGGACAGCGAUGGCGUGGCCGUGCAUUAGCCGGGCGUGUUGCAUCGCUCGCUUCUGGAACCAGCUAGACAAGGCUGACAUUGCCGUGCCUCUAGUUUUCACGAAAUAUUCCGAGGUUACCGAUGGGGCUACUCCCCACCAUCAAAUCCGAGCCCCGGGCAUCGAUGCACAGCCUACAGGGGGCGACCAGGAAUCGGUUGCCAAGACGACCGAGGCAUCUGAAGCAGCGACCGAAGUUGUGUCAGCAUCUGUGAGUGCCAAGACUGCAUCGCGGCGGGAGUCGGUCAUGCGGCAGGAUUAUCGCCCUUGGAAGGUGCGCCCGGAGCCCAGCUGUAAGCCCAAGCAGGAAUACACACCAACGGACACACCCUUUGAGAAAGAGACACAGUACAAGAAGGAUUUCAAAGCCUGGCCCAUCCCCAAGAGGAGCGACCACCAUCCCUGGAUACCAAAGGGGGAGAGGGGCAGCCAGACACCAGUGCCCACCAGAGAAGAGCCAUCAGGUUCAAUGGCAACUCCUGUAGCACUGCCAGCAGUGGGUCAUGAUCCAGCAAAGGGCAAGGUGGCGGAUGCUCUAAACAGGCAGAUCAAAGAGGAGAGAGGGACCAGCACCUCUUACAGGAACGAAUUCAGACCCUGGACGGUAGAUGUCAAACCUACAAAGAUAGUCAAAGCGAAGCAGCUGUACCACCCCCCAGAGGCCAAGGUGGCUCAUGAAACCAGCUAUAACACCACCUUCCGGGGGCAGUUUAGCAAGCGGGCAGAGAUUAUCAGGCCCGGGACAGCAGAUACCAAGGCCCCUGAACGCAGGAAAAUGCGAAGCCUCUACAGUGAAGCCUAUAAGGAACCUGCCAAGCCGGAUAAACCAAGCACCCAGAGUACGAAACCAAAAAAACCGUCAAGUCAUAAAGUGCCGAAAAAGGCCAAAGAGAAACAGAGCACAUCGGGACGGGCUGUGAAGAAAAAAAUGACGGAUAGUGCUCCUGCCCCCAAGCCAGAGGAAGAAGCGAAGAGCCAGGAGAUGAACAAUAAACUCGCCGAGGCUAAAGAGUAACAUUCUGUAAAUGGGGCCACGGGAACAAGUAAUCAGACUCUUCCUCAUCAGCCGGGGACACCACCAUGCACAAGGUCAGAGGUCACGUUUAGUCCAUGCAGCAGCCCUUCUGAAUAAUACAGAUCAAUUCGCUACAAUACCCCAUUUCACCUAUUUACUAUAUACAGGAUAAAGAAUGUCCAACAAUCCUGCUAACCCAAUAACCAAAUACAGCUUCUAUAGCACAGAAUCCCAUAGCUACAGCAAUAUACCUAGAUUAUUCUCGGUGAUGACCGAGAAUUGAUAAUCACCAUCUUGGGCACUGUGAGAGUAAUAGCUGCAACACUAAUCAUCUAUAUAACAAGACAGCAACAAGAAGUGACUUCACUUUAUUGAUCUACUGGAUCCAGCUGUUAACCAUCUGAUCUCCUGCACCUAAUGUGUGCAGAACAACCCAAAGUCACCACUUUGAUUCUCCACAUAAAUUACUUGCUCCUCUUGAUUUGGUCCAUCCCUUAGUUUACUCCUGGGUAGCUCUUAGGUUUUUUAUAAUAACCAUCCAAAUUUGAAUAGAUUCCAGUCCGCAAUUUCAGUCCUGGGUGCUGAUCAUCCCCUACCUUCCUCAUUCAGCAUUCUGAAGGUCUUAAAGCUGAGUCCAGGGGGUGGACUUUGGCACCAACAUUAAAAUUAAGAAUCACCCUCAUUCAAAUCCUCUGACAUCUUUCCUCCCCCUCCUCACUGCCCCUCGAAAAACACCAUGAGGGCCUCCUUUUAUGUCUAGUCAGUGGCAAAGAGAGAAGACCCAACAAAAGGUGGUUUGGAAUCUGAUUGGGGUCUUUUUAUGGGUCUGUGUUUAUGGCCCAUUCAUCUUUUAGUACAGAAACCAGACAGAAGUGAGUUGGAGGUGAGAAAGAUGUUGAAGUCAGAGAAAGAAUGAACCGCUUCUGUAAUUAGUAAAAUAAAUCCGAGUAGUAUAUAUUAGUAGGCUGCUGAAAUUGACAAGGGAGAAGUAGAUUUAUUUAUGAUUCAUCCUGGAGGUGGUCGUAUAAAGGGCCUGAUUGAGCAAUGACUGAUGCAACACACAUUUCCCACUUUAUAUAUUUUUAGAUGUCCUCUCUCUCACUCACUCACUUACUCACUCACUCAUUAGUGCCGAAGCCUGUGUAUGUGUGAGAUCUUUACAAUUGGGCCUCCUGGCUCAGAGAUGGGGACAUUACCAAUGUGCCGCAAGAGCCCUCCUGUGUGUGUGUGUGCCCACACACAGGUAACAUUCAACACAUGUAAAACUAAUGUGAGCAUGGAAACACAUGAGCACAUGGAACAGUUCUAUUGCAUAUGUCUCCACUCCUGCAACACUCCCUGUCACCUCAGCAAUGAAGGACUGCAUUAUACAUUUUUUACCAUUGGUUCCUCGACAUGAUGGGAAGUUUCUCCUCAAUGCCACGUGGCCCUGACCCUGUUGCGGACACGCCGAUAGUUUUCCGUUGAUUGUGCUGGGGACACCACACUUGGUGCUAUUUCAUUCAUGUUGUGGCAAUGGGAAUGAUCAAUUAACGUAAGUGUAAAGCUCCUGAUUGUGAUGUGCUUUGUGACCUUUGCUUGCAGUUAUUUACCAAUAAAUGCAAAUUGUGAA